AUGCAUCCACAACAACACAGACAGGACACGGCAGGCCUCGCGGGACCAUCGGGGUCUGGGAAAAGCAAGACAAGGCUAAGAGAGGAUACCGCGCAUGGCAAGUUACCACCGCUGGGAAGAGUCGCUGCUGACCAGCCUAGCUUGCACUGCCGCUCGCGCAAAGCCAAAUGUGACCUUGGCGACAUUGAUGCCCCUUCCAAACCGCCUUGUUCGCGAUGCCGCCGCGAGUCACGCGAGUGCGUUUUCGCCCCGAGCCGAAGGGGCGGCAACAACAAGCGCCGGCGCGAGGACGAGGUCGACGGCAGUGCGUUCUCGGGCUCUGGCGGCGGAGGGAGUGUGGGUGGUGGUGCUGGCAGCCUGAGUAUGAACAACGGGUACCCUUCUGCGCCGGGCUCGGUGUCUGGACCCUCGGCUCCCCAGUACCCGCCCCACGUCGAUGUGCUCAACCCGUCCCCCAAGACCGACUACCUCUUCAACCACCCGAGCAACAGCAGCUCGGGGAUGAGCCCCUCCACAGGCCGCAGCGGACCGUCGCCCAUCUCCUCCCACGCCCACCUCAACCCGCCACCGCAGCAUCAUGCCCCAGCCCACGGCGCACCUCCCCCGCCGCCGCCGCUGCACGAGAAGAGGCGGCGCCUGCACCUCAACCCGCUUGACCCGCACGCCAAGGCGGACCCAUCAUCGCUCGUUGUGGCCGACAUGCAGAAUGAGAGCGACGCGCUGCACAUCCUCGCGCUGGCAAGCGCUGGUGAGGGGUCGCGCGGCGGCCGCAAUGGUGGUGGAGACGACGGGUCGCUGCUGGACGCGCAGAACAGACGUCGACCCAGUGUCCUCCCCCCCGUUUCCCGGAGCGAGCCUGCGCGCAUCGAGGACUUUGCGCUCAUUCGUCUGGGAAUUGUGGACGAGGAGCAGGCGACGUCGCUCAUCGGAGCAUUCUUCAGGUUCCACCACCAUCUCUUCCCCAUGGUCCCGGCCGACCGGAUCCCACACACGCCAGAGCAGAUUGCCGACUUUGCCGAUACAGAGCGCUACCUCGUCACUGCCAUGAUCAUCAUCGCCUCGCGCCACAACCACGUCCCCGGGAUGCGCGACGUGCACGAACGUAGCUGGGGUGUGAUGCGCGGCUGGAUCGGUGAGAUUAUGUGUCUCGGUGCACCGCCCACGGUGGAUCUCGUCGAGGCGCUGCUCCUCCUCGCCGAGAACCUGCCCCGCGACCCCCCACGCACCAACCCGGACCCCGUACACGCGCAGGGCUUUGGCGAGGAGGUGCACGGCGCCGAGAACCGCCAGGCAUGGAUGCUCAUUGGCAUGGCUAUUCGCUGUGCCUAUGGCCUGGGCAUCGACAAGCUUGCGCUCAAGCUCAUCCCCGAGGUCGACAGGACGUACGAGGUCGAGCGUGCGAGGCUUGUUUGGACGUACUGCUACUUGUUUGACAGACAUGUAUCGCUGCGCCUCGGCAAGGCCUUCUGGUCGCGUGGCCCAGCGCUCUGCUUCCAAGGUUUCUCGGCAUCGGCACAGACAGGCCCAGCGGCGGCUCCGGGCAACUUCCCAUUCCUAACCGAGAUGAAGGCGCCCAAGGGGGCGCCGGCCGACUACCCAGAGCAAGAGGACCUCGCCUCGCUCGUCCAGACCUACCUCGAGCUCACACAGCUCAUGUCCAACGCCCACGACGUCCUGUACCCGAACGCCGCACGCACGCGGUCGCUCGUCGUCUACGGCGAGUACUUCAAGUACAUUGACGAGCUGGCGCGCUCGCUCGACGGCUUCAAGAUCCUGUGGCUCGAGAAGAAGUGGAAGCUCUUCCCGCUCACCGAUGCCGUGUGGGCCAUGUUCUACUACACCCAGCUGUACAUUUGCGCCUUUAGCUUCCAGGCCCAUGUCGAGCGUUCGGCCAUGUCGGCCGAGGACAGGCUGCAGGAGGGUGUUGCGCCCCCCAAGAGCAUCUCACUCUUCCCUCGCGGCGCGGCCGCGUCGCCCGAUGCGCGAUACAUCUUCCAGUCUAUCGACGCCGCCCGCCAGCUCCUGCACAUCUGCGUCGACAGCCUGCACCCGGGCGGCGCGCUGCCGUACCUCCCCAACCGCUUCCUCUUGUGGUUCACGUACGCGGCCAUUGUCCUCCUCAAGGCUCUGUACUCUGGCGCCAUGCUCCGUGCCGACCAUGAAGGUGUCCACAAGCUCAUUGACCGCCUGUGCGAGUGCUUUGCGGAAGCGUCGCCAGACAGCGACCACCCGGCGACGUCGGCCAACUCGCCCACGGGCGGCAACACUGUCCCGCUGCCUGCGCAAAACGACAGCCGCCCGCCAGACGGCACCGACAGCGGCGGAGGCGGCGGCGGGGCGUACCGCGAGCAGCCGUCGUCGUCGCCGGCGCCGCCCAACUGGGUGCCCGGGUCCGAGGCGCCCGACUGGGCCCUCCCGCCCGUGUCCAACCCCACGUCGGGCCUGUCGUUCCCAUACGGCACGGGUGUGGCGCCGCCGCACGCGCAGCCCCUCAGCGAAAUGGGCAACGUCCACCCGCGCGAGAGCAUCAGCGUGACCAACAACCUUGGGUUCGCGACCCUCGACGACUGGUUCACCAACCCGGCCGGCGGGGCCAACCCGUUCGAAGCCCUCGACCUGGCCGAUUUCUGGAUGAAGGUCGGUCCCGGAGAGGCGCAGGGCGGGUUCCCGUUCCGCUAG